AUGUCUCAACCAUGUGGUUUAGUAAAAUGCAGUCGUACAUCACGUGGUCUAUGCGAUUGUUGCAAACAAAAUCUAUGUCUUCAACAUUUAAAUGAACAUAAUGCUUUACUAAUAUCCGAGUUAGAUUCUUUGGCAGAUGAAAUUAAUGCAUUAGGUAAUCGUUUUAAAACAUUAAAUAUUCAAAAAACAAACGAAAGUUAUUAUGAAAAACUUGACCAGUGGCGUGUGAAAUGUCAUGAAGAAAUCGAUCGUUUUUUUGAACUAAAACAUCAACAACUUAAUGAAUGUAUGAGUGGAAAAGUUCGAGAACAAGAAAAAGAAUAUAAUCGACUACAAUCAAAAGUAGCAGAACUUAUUCGUGAACAAGAAACUACCAAACAAGAUAUUGAUUUAUUAACAUCAUCUAUUCGUCAUCUAGAAGAACAACUGCAUAGAAUUGAUCGAACAUAUUUUCAAAUCAACAUACGUCCAUUAGUAAUAGAUGAUGAUUGUAUUUGUAUCAACGAAAAAAUUGAACAUGAGAUUGAUUUACUAACUUUAUCAUCUACCUAUAAAACAAUAAAUUAUCCUUUAGAAAGUCGUAUGGCAUUAACUUGCAAUGGUCAACAUGUGUUAAUACAUCGAAAACCAAAUUUAUGUUUGAUUGAUCGAGAGAUGAACAUAGUCAAGCAGACAGUAUGGUAUUCGGAAAAAAUUUAUGAUUUUUGUUGGUCAUCGACAUUAAAUAAAUUCGUUGUGAUUGAUGAAAAUAACGUUUUUCUAAUCGAUAAAAAUACUUUAAUGAUUGAAAAUGUACCUACGAUUAAAGAACGUUGGCUUUCGUGUACAUGCUCAGAUACAACUCUUUUUUUGUCGACAAAACGACGUCCUUCAUCUAUCGUGCAAUAUAAUCUAUUACCUUCGAUGAAAUUUAUUAAAGAAUGGAAAUCUUCUCAUAUUUCUUCAAGAGAUGAAAUAAUUCAUAAUAUCGUAUAUACAAACGAAACACUUGCCCUAAUUGUUAAGAAUAAAUCGGACAAAGUUGUACGAAUGGAAUUGCGAUCAGUUGAAACUUUCGAUCCUAUAUGGUUACUUCAACUUGAUAUUCCUUGUAAUGAUAACGCAUUCUUUCAUUGCUGUUCGCUCAUGCACAAUGAAUGGCUGAUAGCCGAUCAUGAGAAUGGACGGUUUUUGCACAUUACCAAUGACGGAAAAAUGAAGAAAACAUUUGCUUACAAUCCAAAUCCACAUCGUGUUAUUCUAUUCGAGUUAGAUAUGUUAGUUGUUUCAACUAAGAAUGAAGUCAAAUUUCAUAAGCUAUAA